AUGGAUUGGAGCACUGAGGAGCAAGAGUCAGAAAAACUUAGUAAAAGGAUAUUGCAUUCAUUCAGUCUUGCAAUUCACAAAUUGGUUUUCUACACUCCAUUUAGCUUACAGGCUUCUUCCAGAACUCCCCUGAUUGCAGCAGGAGUCAUCGGUGGACUCUUCAUACUGGUGAUUGUGGGUUUGACGUUUGCUGUUUAUGUUCGUCGCAAGAGCAUCAAAAAGAAGAGAGCAUUGAGAAGGUUCCUAGAGACAGAGUUGGUAGAACCCUUAACCCCAAGUGGAACAGCACCCAACCAGGCCCAACUUCGGAUUCUAAAAGAAACUGAACUUAAAAGAGUGAAGGUACUUGGAUCUGGAGCAUUUGGAACCGUGUAUAAGGGAAUUUGGGUUCCUGAAGGAGAAACAGUAAAGAUACCAGUAGCUAUAAAGAUUCUCAAUGAGACAACUGGUCCAAAAGCAAAUGUUGAGUUCAUGGAUGAAGCUUUGAUUAUGGCAAGUAUGGAUCAUCCACAUUUGGUACGAUUAUUGGGUGUCUGUCUGAGCCCAACCAUUCAGCUGGUUACUCAACUAAUGCCCCACGGCUGCUUGUUGGAUUAUGUUCAUGAACAUAAGGAUAAUAUUGGCUCCCAACUUCUUCUUAAUUGGUGUGUCCAGAUAGCUAAGGGAAUGAUGUACCUGGAAGAGAGGCGCCUUGUUCAUCGAGACCUGGCAGCUCGGAAUGUCUUGGUGAAGUCACCAAACCAUGUAAAGAUCACUGACUUUGGUCUGGCUAGACUCUUAGAAGGGGAUGAGAAGGAAUAUAAUGCUGAUGGAGGGAAGAUGCCAAUUAAAUGGAUGGCCCUGGAGUGUAUCCACUAUAGGAAAUUUACCCAUCAGAGUGACGUUUGGAGCUAUGGGGUUACCAUUUGGGAACUAAUGACCUUUGGUGGAAAGCCCUAUGAUGGAAUCCCAACAAGAGAAAUACCAGAUUUAUUAGAGAAAGGGGAACGCUUGCCCCAGCCUCCUAUCUGCACCAUCGAUGUUUAUAUGGUCAUGGUCAAAUGUUGGAUGAUUGAUGCUGACAGUAGACCUAAAUUCAAAGAACUGGCCGCUGAAUUUUCCAGAAUGGCUCGUGACCCUCAACGAUACCUAGUCAUUCAGGGUGAUGAUCGUAUGAAGCUUCCUAGUCCAAAUGAUAGCAAGUUUUUCCAGAAUCUCUUGGAUGAAGAGGACCUGGAAGAUAUGAUGGAUGCUGAGGAAUACUUAGUCCCUCAAGCCUUCAACAUCCCACCACCUAUCUAUACAUCCAGAGCAAGAAUUGACUCCAAUAGGAGUGAAUUUGGACACAGCCCUCCUCCUGCCUACACCCCCAUGUCAGGAAACCAAUUUGUGUAUAGAGAUGGGGGCUUUGCUACAGAACAAGGAGUAACUCUGCCAUACAGGGCCACCAGCUGUAUUAUCCCUGAAGCCCCUGUUGUACAAGGAGCCACAGCAGAGAUUUUUGAUGACACGUGUUGUAAUGGCACUCUACGCAAACAAGUGGUACCUCUUGUUCAAGAGGACAGCAGCACCCAAAGAUAUAGUGCUGACCCCACGGUAUUUGCAGCAGAACGGAGCCCACGAGGAGAAAUGGAUGAAGAUGGGUAUAUGACUCCAAUGCGUGACAAACCCAAACAAGAUUAUCUGAACCCUGUGGAAGAGAAUCCUUUUGUUUCUCGGCGAAAGAACGGUGACCUGCAAGCCCUGGAUAACCCUGAAUAUCAUAAAGCUUCCAAUGGGCCACCAAAGGCAGAGGAUGAGUACGUCAAUGAGCCACUGUACCUCAACACCUUUGCCAACACCUUGGGAAAUGCAGAGUACCUGAAGAACAAUGGACUGCCCGGACCAGAGAAAGCCAAGAAAGCUUUUGACAACCCUGAUUACUGGAACCACAGCCUUCCUCCUCGGAGCACCCUUCAACACCCAGACUACCUGCAAGAGUACAGCACAAAAUAUUUUUACAAACAGAAUGGACGGAUCCGGCCUAUUGUGGCAGAGAACCCCGAAUACCUCUCCGAGUUCUCCCUGAAGCCAGGCACUGUGCUGCCUCCUCCACCCUACAGACACCGAAACACGGUGGUGUAGGUCUACUAGUGUUCCCCAAGUGGAGAGACCCUUCCUCUCCAGUGUCCAUAUCCCAUCCCUCUUUGGUCCCCCCUCUCUUUCUCUUGUGGGCUUCCUCUACUUUCCAGGCCAGUCUUUUUGAGAUGUCCAAACAGAAGCUAUUAAGGAUGCAGUGAGAAAAUGAAAAGUCCCAUGCUGUUCUAGUUUGGAACUUAGAAUGAAUGAAAGAGAAAGACAGGAGGGACUACAACUGUUUUUGGUUUCUCCACAUGGGGAGUCAAGAGAGCAGAACAGACAGGGAAGGACCAGUAAAUGUCACUGGGCAGUGUUGCCUGCUGUCAAAAUAGUUCUUGGUUUUUAAAACUCCAGAUGCCAUUUAAAAAGUCACGUGGUGUCCGUUUCUAUCAGCAGGAACUGAUGAGCUCAUAUUCAGCAUUCCUGGAAAUCAAAAUGUAGUUUCCAUAAGGAAAAGGACAAUUUUUUUAUAUCACAUAUGAUAGUAUAAUAAUUGAGAUUGAGAAUCCAAUUUCUGUAACAAUUUCUAUCCUGGCAACUGAAAAUGGCUAACUCAGCUUUCAUAAUUAUUUAAAUCUCCAUCAAAGUUAUAAGAAAUAAUUUUGUGAUUUCAUGUCUUUGGCCAAUCCCUUCGUCUUAGCCCCUAUUCCAAUUUUGUCCCUUUUUAUUUCUAAUCGUAGAAAUUUUACAUUGAUUUCAGUACAUAUCAUUAACAUUUUUAAAUGUGUUGAGAUACUUUAACAAAAUAGUUUGAAUAAGAAUUCCUCUUAGGACUGCAAAAAUGGCAAAACAUCAAAUAUCCAAUUUUUUGAGGUUAUCAAGGAGGCCAAGACAUAAUAUUUAUACAACCAAAAUCUAACUUUCAUGAUUUAUUGUAAUAAAUACGAGACCCACAUACACAAAGUACAUUUCCCAAAACUUUCACUACUCCUUCAGUUCAUUUUUGAUAAUAGUUAAAAAGCCGUAGGCAAUGCUGGGUCUAAGAGAGAAACCAAGAGACAGUUCCAUGUGGUUCAUGAAAACUGCUGAUAUUUUUCAGGGGUGGCCCAUUGAGUAAUCUUUUAAACUGGAAGGAAAACACUGGAUUGGAUGAGUUACAUACCUGGCAAAAUGGCUCAGGAAUGUAGUUUGCACUUAAGCUAUGAUUUUAUUUGUUCUCAUUCUGAACUCUUCUGGAUUUUGAAAGAAGCAAUAUGGAAGUGACCAGCAAAUUCAAAUUAUUUAAUUUUUUUAAAAGAGUAAUGAGGAAGAAAGACUGUGGAAAUGCCAAACCAAGUAAACCAUAUCUUUGGAACAGUAUCCAAGGAUUACGGGAGGGCCAAGCACAUUGUCUACCUGUGACAUUCAAUGAUGUAUGGAGAAAGGCCACCCAGUCCACAUCCUCCAUAUGAAGGAAAUUGAACUGAGCAAGACCUGAGCUGAAGUCCAUGAAGUGUCUAGUAUUAAAAUUAUAGUUGUUGAAUUAGAAGUUAACUCUAGCACAUAAGGUGGUAUAGUACGUAGAAGGUUAAAAACAUACAGACAUGCAUGGCUCAGAGGAAUUGGGAUCAUAAAAACUAUAAAUGAUCAUGAUACUUUUUCCAAGCUUUGAUUUUAUUUUCUGACACACUGACAAACUUUUGUUUAAUGAGUUCAGUUUUAUUUAACCAUUACAGUACCUCUGAUUUGGAGAACAUUUCCAUGGUAUCAUUGUGAAUUUUAACACUAACUAGAUGGGAGAUGGUGAUGGGCCUAGUGGCAAGAAUAAAAGCUUCAAAUGCACUAGAAAUGUUCUUCUUUGGGGUGUGAGUAGAAAAGAAUAAAUUCUACCUAAGAUAAACAGAGUUAGAAACAAAUUAAAAUCUAAAACCUAUAUUUAAGCAAUUUCAUUGAAAACGAUCACUGACCUUUUAGAGGCGGUUUGGGAAAACACCAAAAGUAAAGGCCAUUUUUCUAUAUAGUUUGUAAGAGUAAAUUGCCUUAGAGUGGUCAUUGAGUUCUUUUAUUUGUACAUAUUCUUGUUGGACUCUUAUUCAGGGACUGUUAACAGAGACUGAUUUUUUUGUCCUCUGUAAUUUGGAAAGUGUACCUUGUGAUUUCAUUCAUAGAGCAAGGGUAAUCAAGAUGCUGCUACCGAUUACAUUAAGUGCUACCAUUGCAUUAUGAACUAGGCUAGAGUGAUAUGUAAACCCUACAUAAAUUGAACUACUGGGCAGACAAACUCAAGAGGACUUAGAGCUAGUCUUAACAGCUUUGUCACCAAGAAAUCAGCUCUACUAAUACAAAUGCUAGUAGUAAUUAGGGGACUUUAGCCAUAGACUCCAGGAAGAGCACAGUCAGGAGAAAGAAGUCUAACCAAGCCAUGAAAAAGAGAAACAAUGUCAAGGGAGGAAUAUAAAUUCUUCCAGAAUAGCACCAGCAACUAGAGUGACUUCCUGGAGAAAAGAAGUAAAAUGAGGGAAUCCUCAAUAAUUCAGGGUUUACUAGGGACAUAUCAGUAGUCUUCAGCCCAUUCAUUCAUUUGAAUGGAUAUCUUAAACAAAGAGUCUUCAUCACAUAGGUUUCUAAUAUACUUUAAAAAAAAAUCCAUUCUGUCUCCAGGUAGUCAGUAAUGACAAUAUUUUCCUCAUCUUUCCUAUUUUAAAAAAUGCUGUAUGAUAUUUACAGAGUAUUUAUUAUAAUAGUACUUGGUUAUCAUGAAAAAUGAUGAAGAAAAUGGUUGCUUAGGGCAGUAAAUGAAGGUUCUGCUGAGGUGAUAGGCAAGUGGUUUCUGGGAACUAAGACUAUUUCAAUUCCACUGCAACAAUAAAAAAGAUCUGAUCCUUAUGGCUCAGAUUAGGUUCCAGUAGUAUAUGGAUCAAUAGUAUACUGUGUGAUUCAGAUUGAGCCAAAUAGCUCUGAUUAUUCUCCCUUAAUUAUACCAGGGAUAUUCAUGUUAUUUUCUAAGAAAGGUAACUGAAUAUGUUAUGCUAGGAAGAGAGUGAAAAUAUUUCAGUGGUUUCCAAGAUGGUGGCUUUUGGCUAGUAGAGCCAAACAUAAAACAAAACAAAACAAAUAACAACAACAACAACAACAACAAAACUGUAGUAAGGAUCUAGAUUGCUCUCCAGGGGAUCAGAUGCCAGAGGAUGAUUUUACUAAUGGGAACUUUCAGUUCACUUAUGUAAAUUUGUGAUAUCUUAAAGUAAAUUUCAAGUGAGUGAACUUUUCAAAUCUACCCACCUUGUUUGUAGAUAAACCUACCUUGGGAAAUCACAUUUCCAGAAAUGAAAAGCUUUGAAGAUAAGUUGGUUAUUAAUAUAGUUAAGUAGUUCUUAGAUGGUGAGAUAUAAAGAAGCUCCCUGCUCCUAAACUGGUUUAGGUCCCUGUGCCUAUGGAAGCAUUUCAAAAAGGUUUGUGUACAUGUAUGUGUGUGUGUGUGUGUGUGUUUUUUCCCAUGGAGACAUUUUUGUCCUGGCAUUCCUAAUGGCAUAAAGAGAAUUUAUGUCAGGCCAGAAGUUGAACCAUUUUUUCAUUCAGCUUCUUUAAAACAUAAAACAGAAUUGAGUGGAAUUUAGUCAAAGAAUUAAAAAUGAAAGUUCAAGUUGAGUGUUUCAUCUCUUUCAAUAUAAAUGACCAAAAGGGCAAGAGGAUUCAACAUCAGUCAUUGAACAGAUAAAUUGCAAAGCAUAAGGUAGAAAAUAGUCUAUAUAUAUAUAUAUGUAUGUAUGUUUUUAAGGAAGGACAGUUAGGUGCAUGGGUACCCCUAUUAUUGAAGUAAAUCAAGGAAAAAGACUUCAGGGUCUUAGCUGCUAAAUGAAGCUGGAUCAUCUCUCUGCUUUUGUUAAGAGUGAACAAAUUGUUUCCCCUUAACUUCUACAGGAAAAGAUGUAAAUACAAGUUUGCUCUGGAGCUAUCUAAUUCUUCUUUCAAAACUUGAAUUAUUUAUUCCGUGGUAAUUGUUGCUUGUUAAACUAUUUUAUUCAGUCAUAAGGCAUUAAGAAAAAAGUCAUGAAAGCUCAUGAGCAGCUCUGCUCUGGCACUGGAAGAGGAAAACAUUUUCUCUGAGCACUGGACAAGUAAACCAAACAAAAUAACUAACCCCAGAAUACUUGAUAACAAAAAAGUAAAUGCAGAGGGAAAAAUUUAGGGUUGGUUGAACACAAACAAACUGCCAUCAGAAUCCUUGCUUUCUGGAUAGAUCAUUGAGAGCUAUUUAAAGAGCCGAACCCAUCAAUAACAACUUGUUUUAUGGAGUUUUUCUGCUAUGGUUCUUUUUUUUAAGAUGGCAUACUAAAAGAUACCUUCAAACACUGAAAUAAAUGUUUUUGACUGUUUUUGUUUUUAAACCUCUCUUUAGACUUUUCUCUUUUUAUUUAAUAUCAUGUAAAGCCAGUUAAGGGAUUAGGGAAGAGAAUGUAUCACCAUCUCAAAUAAAAAUGAGCUUUAAUCACUAACCAAGAUUUAUUUACAAUAAAAAAAAUUUCUCUCAUUUGCUGUGUUGGGAUAUAGAGAUAGCACAUGUGUAUGUGGGGUAAUUUCACUCCCUCAUGCAUUUUGUUUCUUUUUCCUAAGAAAUAUGUAUGUUAUUGAGUGAAAACUAUAAUUGCACUCUCCUUCUCAAAAAUAAAAAGAAACAAGACAAUGAAAUAUAAUAGACCAUCCUUUACAUUUCAAUUGCUUGAAUACCAGAUAGUGACUUGAUAAUUCACAGUUUGCAUUAUUGGAAGUAUUUGUUCUCCUCAGUUUUCUGAAAGGGAAAGCUCCUGACAAAAACUAUUUGAGUAUGCAUGCAUGUUGAUGUACAUCCAAUUGGAGAACAACCCAACACCCAGGGGAGAUGUACAUGAGGAGGAUGUUGAGCCAGUUGCUCAGGCAGAAAUGACAAUGGAUAGAUGUUGAUUAGCUGAAAGCAUCAUUUUUUAAAAGGAUGAAUAACAAAGAAACCAAGUCCUUACUAUGACUAAUAUUGCAAUGGGACCAUCUCUUUCCUAUUAGAUAAGAAUAAAUGCAAGUAGUUGAGCCCCAGAGAUACCUCAGUAAACGUAUAUUUCUAUAGCAUCAAACCUGACGUCUGCUGUGUGUGGUCUCUCAGGUCAGAAACCCUUCUGUUUCUAUGAGAAAUUGUAUGUUAACACUGCCGGCUGUUCUAUGUCUUUUAAUUAAAAGAAAACAUUUCAUAAAAUUGCAGAAGCUACAGACAGCCUCAUUCAUUUUUAUAGAGCAGUGAUAAAAAUAGGGCAUCUUCCUCUCACAUAUAUCCACACACAUGUACUUCUUUGUCCCUUGACAAUGGUAAUACUUUGGGUGGAACAAAAUUUUCCCAAAGUCAUGAGUUAAUAGAGAUUCAAAACUUCUAUUUUAUAUGGAAAAGUCAGUUUUACUUCCCCAGGCUUACUCUGGAAUUCACUUUUUUCUAAAAUUAACUUGGUCAGUAAAUGAGCAACUUGCUAAAAAUCACAGAAAUUAUUUCUACUAAGGAAUCAUUUGGUCUUCAGUUUUAAAGCUCCUUUUUCACUAAAAAUAAGAACAUAUAAAUAAACAAAAAAACCACACCAUUUCCUGAGAGUCAAAUUGAUAGAGCUGAUGUAAAUUUUUAUUCUCACAAACCCUUUCUUUAUACCCCCCUGUGAUUCAGAGCAAAACAUCAACCUUUCUUCCCAUUCCUCUUGGAACCACUGCCCAUCUUCUGCUCACUUUCUCACCAACUAUUCCGUGAUUCCUUUCUUGAUGCCAUCCUGGAGCCCUGAUGAUUGAUCCCUUAUAAGCCAUAAUAGACCCUUAAGGUCUUGUACCUCACUUUGUGAAAUACUGAUCUAAGCUGUCCCCACAAACACAAGAAUGAAUUCUGCAUUACGUAGCCAAGUGCUUUGGCCAUGGUUUAGGGAUUUUGUUAGUUGUUGGGUUUCUUAGUUGUUGUUGUUUUGUUGGCUUGUUUUUAACAUUUCACCAAGAAUUCCACAGUUACUCUGUUUAUCUAUUAUAAGUUUUCCCAAAAGGAUAGAUUCACAUAUCAUGUCUUAUGCAUAUUAAUGUUGGAUGAGAGGCUGGUCUUCAAUGAAUCUUGCAACCCUUAUGAAGACAUAUAAUACACAUACACAACACUUUGAAAUUUAGUUUUCCCAUUAAAAAAAAAGAUAAUCAGAGGUUUGAUUUUUUUAAAGCAACAAUUAGUAUUCAUUUUCUAUUUUUUUCAAUUUUUUUUACUUCCAGGCCUCAAAUUUUAAUAGUGUUAUUUUAUUUGAACUAGUCUAAUGGAAUAACAUUUUUUUGAAGAAAAAGAUAAGAAGUGUAUCACUUUGAAGCAUCUUCUAGUGCUUUUGUCAUCAUGUGAUAUGAUCAAAAUUCAUGCUUUGGGAUAGUAUAUCACUUUUUCCCUACCUUUAUUCUUUCAAGGGCAGUUUCUCUUUUAAUGCUCCAGUGAGCCUUAUGCCAAUAAUCAAAAGUGUUUCUUUUUUUCUACAAAGUCAUUCUAAAAAGGGUAACAAAACAAGGAAACAUACUUUCGUACCUGGAAGAAACAGUCAACAUGUCUCAAACCAUUUUGUCAUAACUCUUAUUUCCAUUUCUAAUGCACAGAUAUUUCUCCCUAACCCAGAAGUCUUUUUUCUGUUUCCUAUGAUAUAAAUCUAGUUUUCAACUUUGAUUUAUAGUGUUUUCAAUGAAUAGGGUUUGCAUAUACUCCCUUUUUUUCCUGAAGAGAGAUUCACUUGCCCUAGAGCCUCCUGGUCUCUCAGGAGCUUGAAGAGGGAGUGAAGAAACAACACCCAAACCAUAGCACUCUGAAGACUGACACCUUUUGGGAUUACCACAGCACCCAAAUGGGAACAUUAUUUUCUAAGUGUAGAUAUAUAAGCUGUUCUUUUAAAGUAAGGUACUAUGAAAUAUGUAGCAUAAACUGGUACUGCUGUUAAAUGGGUCGAUUAUUAAACUGAGCAGCUGUAUGUAGGCAGCUAACUUUGAAUGUGCACCCCACCAAAGGCUGGUGUCCACAUCUCCAUGCUGUAUGUACUAGUUGCCCAGUGUUUUUGCAUGUUACAGUUACAUCCUUUAAAAUAUUUUGGUAGGAUUAGAUCCCUAUCCCUUACAUUGACUCCAACAAAAGAGAAUGAUAUCAACUUGAAGGCCAGUCCAUAGCACAAACAAAAUACCCUUAGUUUUCUUCUAAAGAAUCUUCUAAAUAUUCACCCCCAUUCCCUCCUCAAAGCCUUUAUAGUGAGAUCCAUUUAAAUAGUAAAGGUGAGACAUUACCUAAAAGAUCAAGGCUGGGAGUAUCUUAUCCAUAUGUAUUCAUUUUCUAAUGUUCUGAACUUGUCAACAUAAAAUAGCCCUCACUCUUAUGAAGUAUCUUCAAGGAACAGAGAUGUAGCAACAGCACCUUUUUGGGUAAGAAAUCCAUAUUUCAUUUACAGCCCUACAUUCAAAGUUAGCUGCCUCUUUUUUUGAAAUAAAAAACUACUACUGUAUGUUACUUUGAAAAUGUGAAUAGUAUUUUUAUAGCUUGUUAAAAGACAUGGCUAGUUGCAUUUGUAAAUAAGGGUAAUGUUGCUUUUAUUUUCUUUUGUGGACAUCUUUAAUUGGAACAUAAUUGUCUUUAGGGUUGAUUUGUAUAUAAGUAAUUGACCUGUGAUUUUUUUUUUCUUUUUGGUUGGAAGGUAUCAUUUUGACAUUCUGUGUGAUUCCGUGUUUAGCACUAUUGUGGCGUGUUCAAACUUCUGCAUUUGCUUACACAAUAGGAUAUGCCAAUUGUGUGUGGUGUAAUGUUCUUUUAACAUUUUUUUUUCUAUUUCAGCUAUGAAGGAUUAUGCACUUAACACGUACUAACUUUUUAAUAUUAGGUAUAUAUUUUAGUAUAAUUUCCCCCUUUUAUUUUUUCCUCAAAAAAACAAAAACAAAAUUAAAAAAAAUACCCCACAGGUUUCCCUUUUCCUUCCCCCCAUUGUUGUUUGAGAAUGAGGGAGAACCAGUAUCAUUAAUUUGUGUGAUUUAGGCUCUAUUUCAGUUCUUUUUCAAGUUCCAUAUUUUGGGUCUUGAGUAAGAGCUUCACUUGUUUAAGGCAAUUGUAGAAUGUGACCUGCUUUGCCUCAUUCCACUCUGAUCAUCCAGCUGAACAAUUUGAAAACUGUUCUGCUUUUUUGUUACAUGAAUCUGUCAGAAAUAUAUUUUUAAUUUAAUAUAAAUGAAAUUCAAUAAAAUAUGAAACAAA